AUGUCAACUAUAGCCAAAGCUCUCAAGUUUCUCGAGGUCUCGCCGGGAGAAGGCGUUGAAAAAGUUACCUAUUUGAGAAAUAAAGAUGUGAUUCCAAUGGGUCCCAAAAGACGAACAUGGGGUGUGUGGUCGCUCACUUUCUACUGGUCUAUCACAAACGUUACGAUUUCUUCGUGGACAGGAGCAUCUUCCUUACUCUCUUUGGGACUUUCGGUUGGUGAAACCAUCGGUAUUAUUCUUAUUGGAAAUGUCAUUAUUUCUGCGUUGGCUCUUUUAAACGCUGCCCCUGGCGGGUACUUUCACAUCGGUUAUACCAUCUCGCAAAGAGUGGUGUUUGGGAUCCGAGGCUCCUCCAUCGGAAUUAUUAUCAGAAUCAUCUUGUCGGUGGUGUGGUUUGGGUCUCAAGCGUAUCUUGGGUCUUUGUGUCUAAGCUGUGUUUUUGCAUCCUGGAGCCACAGUUACUUGACGAUGAAAAACACCAUUCCAGAAUCGGUACACAUGAAUACCCAGCAAUUGGUGGGAUUUGUCAUUUUCCAGCUAAUUUCUCUUCCUCCAUUACUCUUGAAACCAGAAAGAUUCAACAAGAUAUUGAUGGUGUCUUGCUCGUUGACGUUCUUUGCAAUGCUAGGAAUGACGAUCUGGGCAGUAGCAAGAAAUGGGGGUAACGGUGGUCCGUUGAUGCACGCUUCCUCGAAAAUGAGCUCUUCUACAAGAGGUUGGUACUGGAUCUAUGGUAUAAGUUCGUGGUACGGAAGUCUUUCUGCUGGAGUCUCCAAUCAGUCUGACUUCACGAGGUUCUCUAAAAAGACAUGGUCGUCGUUAUAUGGCACUAUUUUCUCGUUAGUGGUUGUUGGUACCAUUGUGCCAUUGAUGGGUCUCGUUUCGGCCUCGGCUUUCCAGGCCAGAUACGGCUUGGACAUAUGGCAACCCAACCAGUUGAUCAUGUUCUGGUUGGAAAGAGAUUAUAGUGCCACUUCAAGAGCGGCAGCGUUCUUUGCAGGGACAAUUUUUACAAUGUCACAAAUCUGCUUCAAUACCAUGGGAAAUGGUUAUGCUGGUGGAAUGGAUUUAUCUGGCUUGCUUCCACGAUACUUUAAUAUCACUCGAGGCAGUAUAGUCACCGCCCUCUUAUCGUGGGUAGUCCAACCUUGGGAUUUUUACAACACAUCUUCAACUUUCGUUACCGUCAUGUCGUCGUUUUCUGUGUUCAUGUCACCUAUCGUUGGUAUCAUCAUUGCCGAUUUCUGGAUUGUCCGAAAAAAAACACUUGAAAUUGUCCAACUUGUACUCUGA